AUGGCGGCGAUGCAGCUGGCUGAUCCCCCUAUGACGUCCCCUGGCGGUGACGCCGUGGAUCUACCUCAGCGGGUGGAGCCCGUCUCGUCGUCCUCCGUCUCUGUCGCGGUGGAUCAGCCUGACACCAUGCUCCAGGAGCGCUAUGCUACUCUACGGAGCAUCGCGGAGGAGUGCAUCGAGUUUGAAGAGCUGUUGAAUCUGCUGCGAACUAAACCCAACCCAGUCUGCUACGACGGCUUCGAGCCGUCUGGCCGUAUAUAUGCACAUUGCGCAGACUGGUUUGCUAUGCUCAAUAAAAAGAUGGGAGGGGAUUUAGAUGCAAUCCGUACGGUUGGCCUUUACAUGAUUGAAGUAUGGAAAUCGCUUGGUGUGAAGACGGACGAGGUGGAGUUCCUAUGGUCCUCUGAAGAAAUAUUCAAUCGGCCAAAUGAAUAUUGGCCGCUUGUGAUGGACAUAGCCCAGAAAAGAUGUUGUCAGAUCAUGGGUCGGAGUGAGAAGGAUGACUUGAGUGCUGCACAGUUCUUGUAUCCACUCAUGCAGUGUGCGGAUGUGUUCUUUCUGAAGGUAGACAUAUGCCAGUUGGGCACGGAUCAAAGGAAAUUUUAUCCAUUAACCUCAAUUUUAGACAUGCUUCCUGGUUUAAAGGAAGGCCAAGCGAAAAUGUCGAAGAGUGAUCCAUCCUCGGCUAUUUUUAUGGAAGAUGAUGAGUCUCAGAUAAAUUGCAAGAUAAAGAAGGCAUUUUGCCCUAUCAAUGUUGUUGAAGGAAAUCCAUGUUUGGAGUACAUUAAAUACAUUGUUCUCCCUUGGUUUGGAAGUUUUGAUGUGGCUCGAAAGGAAGCAAAUGGUGGUAACAAGAUAUACAGAGGCAUGGAUGAAGUUAUCGCUGAUUAUAGUUCUGGUGCUUUGCAUCCUGCUGACUUGAAGCCUGCUCUCACAAAAGCAUUAAAUAAGAUAUUGCAGCCUGUUCGUGAUCACUUCAACAGCAAUAAUGAAGCUAAAGACCUUCUUGAAGCUGUUAAGGUUCUCAUGAAUAAGUACAAGAAGACUGACUGA